AGAAGAGCGAGAGAGCGAGAGAGAGAGAGAGAGUUGAAGAAAGGAGAGGACUUGGGGGAAAAGAAUGGAGAGCAGCAAACUGGAUGGAGCUGAAUCUGUAGAAUUGUUAUUAGACCCAGAGACGGAGUUUUUGGCGUCCAAGGAAGAGACCGGAAACGAGUGGGAACUCUUUAAAGAAAACGUCCGCCCUUUGAAGCGCGGCCGCGACGUUCGUCUCCUCAACCACGCCCUCAAAUCCCACUCCCAUUCCCAGAUCAAGAAUUCACUUCUCCAGAAUCGGAGGAGGUUGAUUCAGGCCAUUGACGAGUACACCGGAGACGACCCUCUUCAGCCCUGGCUCGAGUGCAUCAAAUGGGUUCAGGAGGCUUUCCCUUCUGGCGGUGACUACUCCGGAUUAGUAGUGAUUUAUGAACAAUGUGUGCGCACUUUUUGGCAUGAAGACCGUUACAAGGAUGAUCUUCGAUACCUGAAAGUUUGGUUAGAAUAUGCUGAAAAUUGUGUUGAUGCUGAAGUCAUAUAUACCUUUUUGGAGGCAAAUAAAAUUGGAGUGACACAUGCAUCAUUCUACAUUUUCUAUGCCUUGCACAUGGAACACAAGAAUAAAAAUAAAACUGCAAACGAAAUCUUCAACCGUGGGCUAUCUCUGAAAGCUGAACCAAUUGACAAAUUGACGGCAGCCUACAAGAAGUUUUUUGCUCGUUCUAUGAGACAACUGAAAGCAGCAGAUGAGGAUGCAACAGAAAACCACUUACCAGCUCGAAGCUUUGGGACAGUAUUGACUAGAGAAACAACAGGAAACCAAACGCCAGAGAGUUCUGAUCUUUUUAGGAAAAAACACAAACCUGACAGGGCUCCUGGAACUACAUUUUCCAUUUUCAAGGACAAUGGCAGUGGUUCGUUUUUGGGUCAUCAGUCAGAAAUGCCAAACUUAGACAUAAAAACAUGGCACUCACUUGGUGCUCGAGCAGAAAGAAACAAAGAGAAUAAUGCAAUCCCAUCAAAAUGGACAUCAAAUAAGAUUCCUCAGAGACCUGGUCAAAGAAGGGCAAGACCACCUCCGGGUCCAUGCAUUGAGAUCUUUGUGGACAAGGAAUCCCCAGAACAACAUAAGCAAGAAAAUGAUGAUGACAAGUCUUCAGUUCUACAGCUCAGACCAGGGGACGGUAGAGAUCUUAAGAAAGAAACUGAGCUACUGAGGGAGAAUCCGUUGCGCAAUUUUCCUAUAACUUCUCUGCCCAGAUAGUUAUAUUCUUUGUUUUUUGUUGUCUUCGAUGGAUCACAGCUUACCACUCCAAAGCUUGAUCUGUUUGUUGUUUGUUGUCUAAGUGAGAGAAUAUUUGUGUUUGAGUUUCAUCUUUGCAUUGAGUUCCACAUAAUUCUUGAUGAGGUUGGGAUUUUCUAUAUAUAUGUAUGCAAAUUGUACUCGGCGCAUUCAACUUGUUAUUUUGGAUUAAAUGCAACAUA